AUGCUGAGCGAACCUUCGCGUUUCCAGGCAGGCAGGCAAUACCACUUCACCUGCACGGGGCGUGACGUCUAUGGCAACCUCAACAGAAACCACGAGCUGAAGUUGACCUCGUUCUUCAACUUUGUGGCCAAUCCUGAUGGCAAUGAGCCACCAGAUGGCUGGUUUCGUGGCAAUCUGAGUGACAACUUCAACCACACUGUCAUGGGUAGUUAUCUGGCGGCAGAUGCCAGGUAUCACUUCGACAUCACUUUGUACAGAGCCGGCUACUACCAACUGAUCAUUGAAAUGGUCAAAGUCGGCUCACAGCCAGCCAUCGUCUUGGCUAACAACGUUGUGGCCCAAGGGCGCCCUGCCGGUGAAGCCACCUAUGUGCUCGGAUUCCCAUCAGUGCCCUCCUUCAUGUCCUCGGUCGUGGGCGGGUUCGUCACCGCUGUUGCCAACAUCGCCAACGAGGUAUCGAUACAGACCCGGGACCGGUUUGGUAACGCCAUUGAGAUCAACAAUGGCGAUGUGGUCGUGGCGCAACUUCGAGGAGACCGUCCGGUGACCUUGCCGUUCCUGCACUUGGUUCAAGGUCGCUACCGUGGUGCCCUUGUGCCUUUGGCUGCGGGACAUACUCUCUUGGAGAUCCGUGUAGCUGGGGAGGACAUUGUGGGCUCUCCGUUCGAUUUCCUCGUCACUCCUGGACCGAUGGUAAUCACAAACUCGCUUGUGGAAGGCUUUCCGAGCGAGCUUACUGCCGGCGUGCUUUCCUGCUGGAACAUCACUCUCAGGGACGCCAUGGAAAACCACCUCAUGUCUGGACAGUUUGCUGGUGAUCCAACACUGCUUGAGCCAGUGACCUGCACGGAUCCGGGCUCCUCUUGCUGCUUGGAGGUCAAAUGGGUGCGUGCAGAGCGUGAAUCGCGCAGUUGGAAAGAUUACAACACGCCUGCAUA